CUCCACCACUCCACCUACCCCACAACAAUACAUACACACAUACAUACAAUGAAAAUAAUCCUAACAGGAACAACCGGCUUCAUCGGCAAAGAAAUUCUCUCCCAAUGCCUCUCCCACCCAGCCAUAACCUCCAUCGUGAUCCUCACCCGUCGAGACCUCCCUACCACAGACCCCAAAGUGCAAAUCUACCGCAUGCAAGACGACGACUUCCUCUCCUACUCGAGCCCCCAAUUGACAGCCGCCCUGCGCGGCGCCCACGCCUGCAUCUGGUCACUGGGCGUCGUGCCGUCGCGGGCGUCCGACGCACAGGCGAUACGGAGAGUCACGGUAGAUUUCACAGAGCAGGCCGCGCAGGCUUUUACCAGGACUUGCUCCGGGAGCGGAAGCCGCUUCCGGUUUGUGUAUCUUAGUGGUUCCCUGGCGGAGAGGGACCAGUCGAAGUCACUGUGGUUUUCGGGGCCGUAUCGGCGCGUGCGGGUUUGUUUCUCCCCCUUUUUCAUUCUUGACAGGCUGAGCGUAUAUCGAAGACAGUUGAUAACGAUAUUCUAGGGCGCGGGAGAAAAUGUCCUGCUUGCACACGCUACCCUCCACGGCGACACCUUCGAAUCAUACAUUAUGCGACCGGGGAUAGUAUUGAACAAGACUACCAGCGUCGUGGAUCUCGUGCGCGGACUGGCGCCGUCUGUGCGCGUGGAUGUGCUCGCGCGAGCGGCGGUCGAUAUCGCCGUUCGUGGAAAUAAAGAGAAGAUCUGGGAGAAUGGGAUGAUUGGGGGGUGGAAGUCGACUCAAGCGACAUAGACAUAGACAGUAAUUAUCUAUAGCUAAUGCAG